CAAUUACGCUAGUUAACAAUAAUACGAUUAGGUGCCUUCCGUGUGAACUAUAUAAACCCAGCUAAUAAUCUGAUAAAUGAUAGUCACGGAAUAUUAGGCUUCAACGCCAGUCGACACCGUAAAACUGCACAGAUAACAUAAAAGGCUGCAGUGAGUUGCAUUUAUUAUUUUGUUCAUUUUCAUUACAUACGUCACCGCAGUUGAAUUUUUCAUACGUUUAUAGUAACCCAAAUUUUUUUUUAGUACUUCAUACAAACGAUUUUUUUUCAAAAAAUGACCGAAGACGCAUUUAUCUUUUCACCGACAAAAAAACACAUGGGCACCGUAAGUACACUGCAUGCACAAUAAAAACUUCUCCCGAGAAAUAUUAUAAUAAUAUACUUUACUUAUAGUUAAUUCUGAUUUUCAUUUUCUUCCGAUUUGUUCCAGGUUAUAUUUUUACACGGACUCGGUGAAGAUGGGUACGUAGAAUAAAAAAUUAUUUUCUAUUAAAUGUAUAGUUACCAAAAAGUAAAUAGAUAUUAUAGUUAAAACUCGAAAUACAUUAAAAUUACAGUUAAAACUGGUUUCCACAAACCCCUCACGUCAAAUUUGAUUCUUGAAUAUUAUUAAAAAUUGAAAUUAUCUAAUAAAAAAAUAUUUUUAUAUGUAAUUUUUUUUUUUGCCAAUAGUUUGAACUAGAUAAAAGUAAAAAUACAAACACAUUAGGAUAAAUAUAGGCGUUUUUUAUUGUUUGUAACAGGAUAAUCGAACAUUGUUAUUUAUUUUGGCAGUGCAAAUAGAAUUAGGUACACCAUGAUCUGACUUAUUUUUACACAGGCAAUGAAUUGCCAGGUGACCCUGAUAAUUAAAUAUAAAUUUGAAUUGUGUAUUGGCAUUACACAUAUCGCGUCAUUGACUUCCUUCAAAGGGGGAUCGUACGCCUUUUUUUUUUUAAUAACAUUAAAAUGAUUCUUUUUUUCACCAAUUCCUUAAGCAUCUUAAAACUCAUUAUCGGGUACUUAUUUUUCUCUUAACAAUACUCAUAGUUAAUCUUAAAUAACGACUAUGAGAAACUUAACGGGUACACAACCACGAACUGAAUUUAUACGAAGCUAUCUGAAGAAUUUAAAACGAAUACUCACAGUUAUUUUAUUAUUAUUAUUAUUUGGUACAGACAAUAGCUAGUCGGUCGAAUUUAUUGAUCAUCUGUGAUUGUUGCGCGUUUUAGGUAGUAUGAGUUCAAAUAUAUAGAUAUUACCUAAUUUCUACUUACUCAUUUAAAUUUGCAGUUAAUUUUAGUUUUAACUAAUAUAAAAUAACAGUAGAAAGGGUUUUAAGGAAGCUAUUUAUGAUUUAAGUUAAUUGUUGGAUUUCUUUAUUUUUUUUUUUCAUAAUUUUGUCUUAUUUAAUUUUUGUCCCUUUAUUUUUUGGUCUAAAAUACACGUAUACUCUAAUAAUAUAUGUUGUACUGAAAAUUUAAAUAUCUUAUUCAUGGUUUUCAUUUAAUUAUAAUAUGACUUAAGCCAUUUAGCAAUUUUUUCAUACAGCAAUUAUUAUUGCAUUAUUAUACCAUUGGACAAUUUUCAAAAUUUAGAAUUUGACUGCAUUGAAAACUACCCAAUAUUGACUCUUAAGCCCUUUUUCCCUGAGAACAAAAAUAUACAUUAUACCUAAUAUCUUUUUUUUUUUAUAUAUAUAUAUAUAUAUAAUUUUAAAUUUUAUUUACUACAUCCUAUUUGUUUUAUUUUUGAAAACUCGUUUUACUUAUUAUAGUAGUUGUAUAUUGAAAAAUGUUCAUUAUUAAUAUAUUUUGAUAUUGUUUUAAGAGGUUAAAUUAUUAUGGCGUAGUGUGAUACAAACCGGUAAAUAAUAUACUGUAGGAAAAUGGUUACCGCCGGAGUGACGGUUUAAAUAAAUUUCAAUAAUUAUAAUAAUGAAUUACAACCCGCAAAUAAGAAUACAGCAUUUUAUUUAAAACUAUACAAAAAAAAAAAUAAAAAUAAAAACGUCCUGUGUAAGUAUAUUAGGUAUAUAUUAUCAUUACGAUUAUUAUAAGAGUGUAGAUUAAUCCUGCUCGUGUGUGGAUUAUAAAUUUAAAAAUAUAUACUUAGUUUUGUAUAAAAUAUAAGUAUUUAUCAUAUUUUAUAAUGAGAUCGAGAUCUAAGAUUUUUUUUUUCUUGUUUUUUACUUCAUCAGUUUUUAAUUUAUAUUUAAAUGUAUUUAUUUAUAAUUUGCGUACGGUAACGCGACGAUUUAUUUGACGAAUCCAUAAAACAAAACACAAACCAAAUAAUAUUAUUAUUCGAUUUCAAUAAUAACCAUUUUGAUUUGUGCUAUAAUAUAUAUUUAAUGGCUCAAUUUGCGAGAGUGUUGGCAUUGUAAUUCACAUCCAACCCAAGAUUUAGGGGCCCCUGAGAUAUCAUAUUACGCUGUACCACACAUGGUAUUUAGGCAUGUUAUUCUUACAGUCAAUACCUACUUAAUUUUACCAAGGGCACGCAGAUUAUAUAAUUUGUUUUAACUAAGUUUUAAUUUAUACCAAUAUAUUUUUUUGCAUCUAUUUUAUUUAUAUAGUUAUAUAAAUCAACUAUCUUUUUUUUUUUUUAUUUUAACUCAAAUUUCAUUACAGUUUGAACAGUAUUUUUAAAAAACAUGUUGGUUCCCUUAGUAUAAAAAAAAACCUGAACGUAUACACUGUAUUAACGAAAUCAUCUAAACUACUGUAAUAUGAUGGAAGUUAAAUUAUUAAACAAAUUUAUAAUAAUUACUAAUAGCUAGUUAUUUGAUUUCAAUGAUAAUUUUCGGUAAAAUUGAAUUAUAAAUUACUUACAAAAAUACAUAGAUUAAAAAUGUAUCUCAUUAUGUUUAACUUAUAGGUACAUGUUGUCACGUUGUACGAUAUGACAAACAUUUUCAAAUUCAAUAUCUCUCUCUUUCGAAAAAUCCUACACACGCCAUUGGAUCUCUAAUAGUACUUACACGUAUAUACUAUACUAAAUAUAUAUGAAUAUUAUGGGUAGUGGGUACAUAUAAUAUUCUAAAUUUUAAAUUCCAUAUCCGACCAAAGACAAGUUUUAAAGUAUGAUUUUUAACAAACACUAUAUGCAUACCAAAAUAAUAUAUUAAUUAUUUAAGUUUUUUUUUUAAACUGACACAGUUGUCUUAAUAUUUAAAAAGGAUUUUAAUCCAAUUUUAUUCUAUCUCUAGCAAAGUUAAACAAUUUUUACGAUAUAUUCGAUGGCAGUCAAAUAAUUUUAUUAUGGGGGGAAGGGGAAUUGAACUAAUUUUUUAAACAUUUAACAAAUAGUAUAAUUUGCAUUAUUUUUGUUUUAAUAAAUACUAAAUAGGUAUUACGUAUAAAUCUUGAAGGGGAAAAAAUCGUAUAAGUGAUAGAUCACACGAAUCCACCCUUUUCGCCUUUUGAUCACACGUGAAUCUACUAUGCUAUUAUAUGAUUCGGUUCUUGUUACUUGUUAUUUGUAUAUUCUAUUAUUAUAAUAAUAAUAUGAAAAAGUUGUACAAUAUUUUAUAGAUAACAUAUGAAUCAGUUUUAUUAAAGUACGCAUAUUUAUUUCUACGUUUUCCGUCUUAUAUUUUAUAUGCAUAAAAAUAUACUCGAUUGCAUUCAGCAUUGUAAUAAUAUCAUUAAAAAUAUUUGAUAAACACAUAAAUAAUAAUUUUACUAAUAAUUAUACUAAUGUGAUACAUAUUAUAAACUAUUAAAAAUCAUUUUAGAUAUUUUUUUUUAAUUCUGAACGAUGUAUGGUGCAUGUUUUAAUUUUAUUAUAAUUUGUUUUUUUUGUGCCCGCAAACAAAUUUUCUACCAAAAAUCGUGCUACAAUCAAAAAAUUUAAAGGAACAUUUUAUAUCAUUUUUGAUCUAGUUGGAAUAUUAAAGUAAUUUUUUUUAAUUUCCUUGUAGUUUUCUUAAUAAAUGGGAUUAACUGGCAAUUAUUUUUAUAAUAUUGGUUGAUUUCUAUUAUUUCGAUUACCAAAGUAAAAUUAAAACUAAUAAUACUAAUAAUAUUCGAUCUCAGAAUCGUCUUUUGUUAGCAGUGGUUGAUCGUUACGUACAGAUAUAAUAUAUUAAAUACCUCUCUUUGGUUAAACAUGCUUUGAUAUACCGUAAUUUUUAUGAUUUUUAUUAAAAAUUAAAUACAAACUUCUAUAAUACCUAUUACGCUUAAUUUUUUUUUUUAGCAGUGUGUAAAACUUAUUAAUUAUAAUUAACCUCAUGUUAAAUUUUUAAGCAUUUCUGAAAUAGUUUUAAAUAGUCCUAUCAAUAUAAUAUAAAAUCAAACAAAAAUUUUAAAACCUCGGAGAUUUCAAACCGUUAUAAAUAGUUUGAAAUCGAAUGGAUAUUUUAAAAAUGUUACCAAGUCUAGAAAGAAGUAAUACGUAAUUAUUUCGUGAAAAUAUAAUGUUUCUACGAUUUUCAACUGAAUAACGACAAAAAAAAAAAAAAAACAAAAACAAAAUCAAAAAUAACAGAAACCGUUAUUAUUGCAUAAAAUUCCCGGUUUUUUCCAAUUAUUAAGAAAACAACCAGGAAAAUCAAACAAUGACCUUCUGAAUGUACCAAUUUUAAAUAUUUGCUACCAUAAUUAACACUUAAAGUUGGUGAAUAUAAUAUGAUUUCUUGUAGAAAAAAUUGAUAACAUCAAUAUAUAUUUUUUUAAUAUAAUAAUUUUAUUAUAUAGUUAAUCGCAUUGGAUUUUCGUUAGAACUUAUAAUAUUGUUAUAACGGCAUACUGUUAUAUAAUUUACCAGGACUUUGAAUUCUACGUAAUUAAAAGCAUAGGUUCAACAGUUGCAUUUUCCAUCACACAGCUCGUUUGUGUUAUAGGUGUUAUUAUUACUACUGCAUCACGCAACGAUAUGGUGUCUAUAUUCAUUUUUUACAUAAUAUAUAAUAAUUUUUUAGUUUCUGAGUGGAGCGAAGAAGCUUAUGGUUUUACAAAGAUGUUUGUUUUAUUUUUUCUGUCGACAAAUUUUCUACCAUAGAUCUUGGCCCGAUUUGUAUAUGUAGCACCUUUUUAAAAGUAAAUCGGUAUAGGGAGAUACUUAAAGGAGGUGAUUUUUCGAUUUUCUUAAGAGUUUUCUCAUCAAAUGUGAAAAGCCGAAAAAAAAACGGAGGAAAUACGAAAUCAAUUUUAAUUUUGGAAUUGGAAUAAUUGGAACUUUGCCAUAAUAUGACAUAUUAUAUAUAUACUGUUGACAAAGCGGCACUAUCGAUUGAACUCCGCUCAGAAUCGUUUUUUCGUUAGCGAUAAUUUAUCGUUGCUUACAGGUGUAUAUUAAAUUACUUAUGACAGCGGCUGCACCCGACCCCAUUAUUCUAGGACUCCUUUUAAUUUAAUUUUUUAUUUUUAUUACAGGGCCAACUGGAAAGAAACCCUGGGAAAAAUGGUCAAACCUUACGUCAAAGUCAUCUGUCUAAACGCGUAAGUACCUACGCAUGUAGAAAAACAAUUGCAACAUGCUUUUCUUUCGCUGAGACCGCGCGUAAACACCGAAUAUAAUAUACGAAUAAAACGAAUUUUAAAUUAGUUUUUAUAACUGAUAUAAUUCAGUAUUGUUGAAAAAAACGGAUUACCAUAUACCGCUACCGUUUGGUUCGUCACAGACCCUUAAAUUGUUAAAAUUCGCGUUUUCGCAGUGUUAUCAAUCUUAAACAAUCGAUUAAACCAAUUGCAUAUUUAAAUAUUUUUAUUAAUAUAAUAUUUUAACACGUGAAUUUAUUUUUAAUAUUUUUUAUAUUAUAAAUAUAUACCUAGUUUAAAAAUUUCGGUUGGGAGGGGUUAACCCUCCCCCUUUAUACGGGUUCGCGUCAUAUUGUAUAUUAAACAAUUAUUAUCAAACUAUUUGUUUUUUUCCAAAAUACGAUUCGAAAAUGAUAUACAUACUUUUAAGUUUUAUUUCUAUGCACCAUUUCAACAAGAAUAUAUUUAAAUGAAUAAAAAAAUCAAAAUACGUGAAAAAAUGGCGGAAAAUUUCAAUUUGUAUAGGUUUUUUCCCGUAUGUUUACUGCGCGCUGAGUGACGGAUUUUACAGGUGGGUCUAGAGGUUCUGGACCCCCCUCCGACACUGAUAUAAUUUCAAUAAAUUUCGUCCUAAAAAGAGGCAUCUAUCAAUAGAGAUACCUUUUAAAUACAUAUGACUUUUCAGGAUCCAUCUCAGUAAUAUGUUGAAGCUACAGCGCGCGCACAUCAGUUUUUAAAAUCACCGACGGACAUAUUCAUUUUGAGUUUGAAUAUAUGUCCGUUACGCACCUACGCGCACUUAAUUACUCGCUAACUUACUUGUGGGUCAUUACUUAUUGGUUACCGAUUUUAAUGGUUUCGAUUUUUAUCGCGCGAAGAGAACAAAUCGAAUGUAUUAUGUAACAGAAAUAUACACGCGGGUAUAAAAAUAAAAUACAACGUGUGAUAACUGGUUUGCUGGACCCCGAUUUAAUAUUAAUCACGUCCGUUCGUAAUACGAAUAAAAUUGUCAUCGCUAAUGUUAAUAAGAUAUACAUAUUUUUUACAUUUUACGAGAGGAGCGCAUACAAGUUUCUCACGGAGAGUAUUAUAAUUCAACAAUCCGUCGUCGUCGGCGCCAUUCUCGGAUUAUGAUAAUUUAACGAAUAAUUCGGGCCCGUGAUGGUCGCACGACAGUCUGAAGUAUUUCAAUGUCGCGUUUCGACAGACAGUCAGACAGAGUGUCCCACCGCUAACAAUCCGCAAGAACCGGACAAACGUAUAAUACACAUAAUGAGUAAACCGAUACAAACCGGAGUAUAAGAAAUAGUGUAAGCUCCCAAUGAGUAAAACAAUUAGUGUGUAGAAGUAUAUAUGAGUACUGUUAUGUGUUAUGGUCUGAAUUGAACAGCUGAGUGGAAAAAGGAUAAUAUUCCAAAAAUACGAAAAAUAAAUCGAUAUAGCCAUUAAGGGCUUUUCUAUAAAAAAAAAAAACAACUAUUGAUUAUUACCUGUUUGUUUAUGUACCUACUAGUUAAUGGAUGUUUUUUUAUUCAAAUAAUAAAUUUCCCAAAAGACGCAAGAGGGGCUUCACUACGAAUUUUGUAUUUUGUCGUCCUUUUUUCUUGGUUUCAUUUCUGCUACACAGGGAAAAUCAACGCUAUACGAAAACGUUCCUAUUUUGUGGUUAUAACGACUUAUAAUGAGGUGCAUUUUUUACAUUAUUGCAUAUUUAAUUUGGCUAUAUAACGGGCAAUUGGUUCGAUUUGCAUGCUACUUUUCAUUUAGUAUGUCGCAGGAAAAAAUUUCAUUCGGUUUAUUAUGUUUUUUUUUAUUUUUACCGUGUAACCAAAGGAAACCAGAAAUUAACCAGCAAAGUAUAUACAAAAAAAUUCCGUAAUUUAAGUGCUAGUACAAACAAACAAACAUUUCCACGUGGACAAAGUACUGAAUUUAAUAGUAGUUUAGUAGUGAAUAAUCGGUCAAAUAAUCAAAAUAUUAUACCGCGAUAAGAGAGAAAUAAUAACGAGAAAAUAUGUUAGCCAUUACCAUGGUUGACGUUUUGGACGUUUUGUUUACGCCGUAAAAUAUUACCAUGUUUGACGACGAAUCCAAUACGAUUGUAUAAUAUAAUUGUAUAAUAUAUUAUAAACAUACAUAAACAUUUCGUUGUCACAAAUAAAAACCAACAAAAUACACACCAGCAGAGCUCCGUUACUAGAGUUAAAUUUUACCUCACCUUUUUUGUAUUGAAGAAAUAUUCUUUAUAAAAUAAUUAAUAACCCAUUGCUAUAACUGUAUAAUACUGUAGACUAAUCUAAAACUAUACUAAUUCAAAAAAAAAAAAAAAAGAGCCGAUACUGGGGUUGGGUGCGGCAACUGCUGUAGACGGAUAGUGAGGAAGGUGGGAUACAUAAAAUUGUUUAAUUUUUACCUGUAACCAACAAUAAACCAUUGAUAACGAAAAACGAUUCAGAGCGAAAUUCGGUUAUACGUGUUUUUAAAGGUCAUAAUAUUUAUGAUUUUCGUCGAAAUUUGAUUUUAAAACAUUAAACAUAAAUUUUUUUUCGACCACUAACUACGACUUAUAAUGUUCCUUUCAUAUUUUCAAGUAUUUCUGUUAAGUUUAACAAUUUUUCUACAGAGUUCCUACCAAAUAAAAAUUAUGUAAAAAACACGAAAAAUUUAAAUGUCUAUAAAUAGCUCAAAAAUUGCUCGAAUAUUUUGAAAAUUUUAGGACGUCUAGAAAAUUAAAAAAAAAAAAAUAUGAAAAUAUGAAUUUUCUGUCAAAAUUUCAAGUCUACGAAUAUAAUAAAUUGAAUUAUAUUAAAAAAACAAAAAAAAUUUCUGAAUUAACUAAAUUAAAUGAACUAACUAAAUUUUCUAGUUCCACUUCAUCUAAAUAUUUUCAAAUUUAUCUUUAUACAACACUGCCUGAAUCUACUAUCCGUUAUCUAUUUACUAAAAUUUGCGUGUAAACUAUUAUUCUAUUUUACUAGCAAUCCAACUAUACUAGUUUUUGGUACCCGUUAGCCUAUACUUAAGUUAUUAUAGUUGCUAGUUAAAAAGUAUUAUAUGAACGGUCCAUUGGUAAAAAUUAUUUUAACUUUUUAGUUUUUAAUAAUCUUUAUAAUUUUUUAAAAUAUAACAAUAUUGAAUAUUCUCUCUGCCUGUAACUAAUUUAUUUGAAAAUUUCGUUUAGAUUUCCAGCAGUAUUUCUACAUUUUUUUUUUUUUUUUAAUAAAAACUGGUAACAAAAUUAAUAGCUCCCAGAGAUCUGAAAUUUUAAACAUAUGUGUCAAGAAUCACGACAAAAUCUCAGAGCAUUAGACAUGAAAAAAUUGAUGAAUAAAUUUGUAGGGUGGUCUAUAUUGAGCAGGGGCUUGUUUUUUAUUAGCAUAGAAUUUUUUAGGUAAAUCCGACCCUGUAUGAGUUUCUUUACAUAGUAAAAGUGCGGAAAACCCGAAUUAAACAUCAGUUCACCAGCACGUUAUAUUAUACAAUCUCCACACACAUAAUACAUUUUUCCUUGCAACGAUUUAUCAUUUCAUUCUGUAUACUAUGCAAGAACGGAAUAAUAAUAAAAUUAAAACGGUGAUUAUAACGAGUGUACGUCACAGUAUAAUCCUAUGCAGGUAUUGAAAACUAAAAAGUCGGCGUAUAAAAUAUUAAUUUAUUUGAUCAGUAACUAUCUACCUAACCUGUAUUUAUCUCAAUGAAUAAUGUGGACAGGAAAAAGAUACCGCUGACGUUGAACAAGGGUUUCCGGACGGCCGCCUGGUUCGACUUGACGUCAUUAGACGAAAACAAAAUAGAGGACGAAGAGACCAUCGUGAGGGCCGUGGAAACCCUGCACGACAUCAUCGACAACGAAAUAUCCACAACAAAAGUUUCGGCCACCAAGAUCAUGUUGGCAGGUUUCUCACAGGGUGGCGCGUUAGCCAUGUACGCGGCGCUCACCUACCACAAGCGCUUGGCCGGCGUCCUGGUCAUGUCAUGUUGGCCAUUACUCCGGCACACCAUGCCCGAGGUAUGUCCUGAAAAUCGAAAUUAUUAUUCCAAUAAACUACGCAGUGGUGUAACUAUAGAGUAUUUUUUUUUUUAUUGUAAUAUGAUACGAGUACGUAAUAUCCGCAUAUUCUGUCUCAGUUCAAAUAUCGAGAAACAUCGAGCUAACAGUGGCCGACCCAUCGUGCAAAGUGUGUCUGUCAUUUGUGUUGUUUUUACUUUUUCAAAUAGAAACAUCGCCAUUUGCCGGUGAUAAUUGUUACCAGUCAUUCUGUUUGAACUUUAUGGCUAGUUUAGUAGACUAGCAGAUAAAUCAUUGCUAGAUUAAUGAGCUCGUUAUUUUACAAUUUUGAACGAAAACAAAUUAUUUUCCGUAUAAAUAAAAAAAUGUUCAUCUGUAUGUGAAUAGUUUCAAAAUGUAUUAUUUUUGUUUUUGCAUUAACUAAAACCACACAAAAAAUAUGAUUAAUGUGAUUAGGUAUAGGAAUAGUGAAUAGUUAUGUCAAUAAAAUAGUUGAAAAAAAAAAAAUGUAUAUAUAUAUACAUAUAUGGCACGUUUGUUCAAUAACGCAGGUUUACAGGUUUGCAGGUUUGCAGGUUCGCAGGUUCGCAUUUUAAACUUUAUUUUCCUGUUUAACUUGAAAUAUUGUUCAUUUUACAAAAUACAUUAGUAAUAUAAUGUAAUGUUCGACACUAUAAUACAAGACAUCUAUAGUCGUAAAAUCGCGGCACCACUGCGCAAUAAUCAUCUUAAUAAUACAAUACAACGAAUUGUUAAAUGCAUAUUCUAUUCGUUUUCAAGGCGGCCGUCAGCAACACCAAAACGCCAAUGUUACAGUGUCACGGGACCAACGACCCAGUCAUCUACUAUAAAUGGGGUCAGCUGUUGGCCGAAACCCUAAAGUCCAUGAACGACAAGUUCGAGUUCAAAACUUACGAAGGUCUAAUGCACACGGUCAACGAUCAGGUACGCGUAUCUGUCGAGUUUAUGGUUUUAGAAUAUUUGUAAUAAUAUUAUUGUAACACGACGAAAAAUAGUAUCAUAUUAGUGAUAAGGGCUGCGUCUAACUAAAAUUUUAUUAAUUUUUAUAAUUGGCAGUACGCAGCACUCAAUAAUAUAUAGAACUGAUACUGAGAACGGGUGUGGCCACCAUUGUUGUAGAUUGGUAGUUGAGAAAGUAGGAUACAUAAAAUUAUUUAAUUUGUACCUGUAACCAGCGAUAAACCGUGGCAAAUGAAAAACAAUUCGGAAACAAUGUUCGGUUUUACAUGUUUUAAAAAGCCGUAAUACUUACAGUUUUCGUUAAAAUUUUAUUUUAAAACUUGUAAAAAAAACAUACUACAUAACACUCAAUUUAUUUAUUUAUUUUCAUCACUAAGUACAACUUAUAACGUACCUCCUGUCAAAUUUUCAAGCAUUUCUGUUUAGUCUAACGGUUUUAUCCACAGUGAACCUACCGAAUAAAACUGACAUAAAAAGCUCUUGAAAUUAAAAUAUGUAUAAAUAGCUCAAAAAUGACUCAUAUAUUUGAAAAUUUUAGUACAUCUAGAAAAAAUAAAUAUGAGUUUCUGCAAAAAUUUCAAUUCUCUACGAAUAUUUUCAAUUAAAUUAUAUUAAGAAAACAAAAAUAACAAUAAUAACAGAAUUAUAUUCGUACAUUUUCUCGUUUUUUCUACGUUUUUGACGUAUUUUUCUAACUAUUAAAAAGGCUACAAAAAAAAUCAAAAAGGAACUUCACUAUAACUUCUUACUCACCAACUAGAUUAAAAAUACAAAAAAAUAAAUAUAUUUUAAGUUGUAAAAAUUUAAAACCAAUUAAAACGGUAACGCCGUGAUAAUGGCGUGCUGUAAAUAUUUGCCAUUUUACCUAUAAUUUUUUUUUCAAUUAUUCGAAAAAUCCCUUAGACAAGCAAAAAAUGACUUCCUCAAUUCACCAACUAGGGAAAAUUACCUUUCAGAAAAGGAGUUAUACUUGAUACUUCGGAACAAGAUUUUUGGUAGUUAAGUUUUUACAGAUAGAAAAAAAAAACACAUAUAGAUGUCACGCUACACGCUGAAUCUAAAACCGAUGAAAUACGAUCAUAAAAGCUAUAGUGGUUGCCUAUCCUAUAUUAUGUAUAUAAACUAAAUUUAAUAUUAUUAGCUCACAAUAUUAUUAACUUGCAUUACUGUAUUAUAUUUUUCUCCUUAUCAAUGGGUAUAUUAGGUAAUCCAUUUAUGUACACUCAUUAUCUCGGAAAGUAUUAACUUUUUCCGGAAUUUUUUUUCUAGAAUAUUUAAGAAACAAGCUGCUCUACAAUUUUAUAUUUAUGUUAUUUUUUGUCACCCUUAUUUUCGGGAGUAAAACCACUGCCUACUUUUAAUUUUCAAAUAGCAACAUAAAAAGCCCGUAAGCUUAUGGAGUAAUAAUUAAAACAAAUUUUAGUGUCGACAUUUUUGAUUUCCGUCGAUCCGUUGACGAAUUAUUCCACUUUUAAGUUUGGGUUGGAGGAGAGUUUGUUGCCUUUUUAAUUUACUUUCUAAUGGUAUCAUCUUUAAAACUUUUGAGCUUUUAAGGAAUUUUAAUUUUUGGGAAUUUUUUUAUUGUAAUUCGGUUGUAAAUACACAUAAAGACUUGAAAUUUGAUAAUAACACUUAUAUUAGGCUUACCUGGACGACGUGGUGAAAUUUCCAUAAUCAUCGACUAUUAUAAGCGUUUUGAAAUCAAAUUUAAAAGACAAUCGCAAAAUGUAUGUAUAACUGAACUGCGCUCGGAAUCUUCUUUCGUCAAACAAUGGUUUAUCGUUGCUUACAGAUAUAAAUGAAUUAACCUUAUGUAUCCUGCCUUCCCAACUUCUCGCCUACAACAGUGGCCGUUCCCAUCCCCAGUAUCAGCCCUUUUUAUUAUUUUGCAACUUGUAUAUAGCGCUUCAGCGAUACAAAUAUUGACAAUAUUAUUCAGCAGUAAAAUAAUAAAAUAAAAUAAAUAAUAAUAUAAUAAAAGUACAACAAACAUAUUUUACAAUAUUAUUAUUAUUAUUAUUAUUAUAUGCUUGUCUUACCGUGGUUAUCCGGUUUACUUUAGCGUAUAAUAUUUUAUCCCCGAAAAAUUAGUUUUCCUUCGUAAAACCCGACGGAUAAGUAAUAAUUAUUUUAUCAUUCAAUAAAACCGCGCGUUCGCGAAAAUAUUCAAACAUUCCGUUAUAAAAUAAUUGACCGAUUUCAACGAGUAAUCUAAUAUGUAUAUUAUAUAUUAAUUUUUAAUCCGAUAUUUUAGUGAUUGAUAUUGAUUACUUAUUGCAAUCUGGUUGAAUCUCCGCUCAACCUGCUAUAAACCCGUGAUCUCUGCUCUCGGUUGGUUCAUUGAUCGUUGGACGAAGUCCAUUCGAAUUAUCAAAAAUAUUACGCAUUUUAAAUUACCCGAUCAGUGGCGGUUUCAUUAGCGGUAAAUUUACAAAUGUAUUGCGAACUCUAAUAUAAUUGCCAUUAUUAUUGUAGAGUCGUUUAUUAGUUAAUAUAAUUACAGCCGAUCAAUUUGAAAAGUCAUUUCCGAUUACUCUUACAUACGAUUUCCUAUAUCGGCCACCUGUUGAUUUAUAUUAUCAUUUAUCGUGUUACUCCGGCUCCCCUCCAUUUGAGGCUUCCAAAAAAAUAAAUAUUAUAAUAAUAAAAUAUAAUUACAAAAAAUGUCAUUGAAAAUUAAAUAUUAAUAAUCAAUGUAACACAAUCGGAACAAAAGAAAAAAUAAAUUAAUGUGAAGAUAAUAUAUCUCAAUAGUUUCCACUAUAAAGGGCAUCAGGCAUCAGGUAACGAACAAAUAUUUUAUGUAGCUAAUAAAAUAUCAACGUAUUUAAGGCCCGGGGGAAAUGUACCCCUCUCCCUCUUAAGUUGGGCUAGGCUCUCCUUUGCUGCUAGACUAUAUUACCUAAACGCGGCUAUGUAAUAUUUACUUCAUCAUCUAUAGCCGUCCUUAAAGUUAAAUUGAAACGUUCGUUCGUAUUUCGUAUUUCGUGUAUAUCAUGGCCGAAACCACAACUCGCGUUGGAUUAAUAUAAACUAGAUAAUCAAACGCAAAUUUCGUAAAUUGUGAUAACAUAAAUAAUAAUAUAGAAUCGAACGAUUUUACGUAGGUACUUGAAAUCAUGUCCAAGCGUUCACUAAUUAUUUCGUAUGCAUCGUUUCGUUUCAGGAAUUACAAGACGUCAAGCAGUUCAUCAACAAAAUAUUCCCUUGACGGAAUAAACACUAUUUCAAUACGAACGACAGCUAUACUGCGGUAGACCGAAUUAUAGUGAACACAUAAUAACGUACAUAUAGAAUUAUUAUGAACUAGAUUUACGUCAUUAAUUGGUUUUACUUUUAUUCCCCACCACCUAAAUUAUAUUUCUAAGUAAAAACCAUUAUGUUAUAUUACCAUGUUUAGUUAUAACGUGUAGAUAUGUAUUAUUAUUAUUAUUAUUAUUGUAUUUUAUUAUAUUAACGCGUCGCCUCUGCGUGAACUCAGACUACGGUCAAACGAGUCAUAGGGUCGACGACAGUGGCAAAUUUGAAUUGUUGAAAAAUAAACAUUUUGUCUGAACUUGAUUGUGUUACAUAAUAUUUUAGCAAAUAAUUAUUAAUAUUUGCCGGUAUACUCAUCGUUCAUGACCAAUAAAUGAGGUCGGUCCAUUAUUGGCGCAAUAGCCACUCAGUUGUGAUUUG